CGCUCGCCUGCAGAUGGCAGCACCACUUCCGCUCCUCCCAAAAAAGUCACAGCGGCGUCCGUCCGUCGCCAAGUGCAGUGCUGCCCCGCGCGAGCGCACUCCUGCGCUUCUUUCGCCGUGCGUCGUGCCGUCUCUCGUGUCAUGGACCGCACAGCCGUCGUCACUUGGUCCCGGUCGGCAGUAUGAUGCAAGUGCUCGCGGACCCUGGACACAUAAGCCCGUGCAACGCCAAGCAAGGUCAGCAGGAAAGCCCGGGCAACGGCCGAGCCGGCCCGUCGUAACAGCUGAGCUGCUGCACUCAUCACGAGGAGAUCCGUGCGUACCGUUGGUCCUGCCAAGCAUCCCGGAGGGAGGCAAAGGUCCCGCACCAACGGCCGGCGAGGGAUAACUAACUCCCUGGUUGGUGGCUGGACCGCUGGAUUUAGCUGCCGGCGCAGCACAGAAACGGUGGACAGGAACCAGGACUAAACAGUGUUGCUUCCGCCUUUCCGACUACCGGCCGGCAUCGCAAGUGCUUCGAGCUUCCGCUACCAAAGGCCAGCGUGGGAGAGCGGACCGUUCGGUGGCGUGAGCGUCCGAUUUAGCUCCCGGCGGGAUUUCGCCAACGCUUGAGGGAAGCCAGUGACUUGCCGGCCGCUGUUCCCCAUGUCGCCGCUCGGUGCGCCUCCUGGGACAUCGCGCGCCUGACCAAAGCGGCCCCUGUCGGAAGACAGUGGCAACAAGACACUCUGUGACUCUGGCUGAACCGCUCGUCAUGCAGUGGUACUCGCGCCAAGUGGCCAACCACCCGAGCCUGGUGAUCUUCGUGGUCUUCUCGCUGGCCACCACGGCCAUCGUGGCCUCGCUCACCCUCUGGGAGCUGCCCAGCUUCACGGACCCUCUCAGGGGCUUUGAGCCUCGAGGCACCGUGCUGGCCCAGCGCCUGGCAGCAUGGAAGAACCUGCAGGCAGCGUCCACCUGGGGUGGCAUGCUGUCCAUGUAUCCGGAGCCGCAGGACAUCACCAGGUGGCCGAAAAUCACGACGACGGUGCCGCCUGUCGGUGUUGUCUCUCUCACACCACCCUCGGUACUGCCCUCUGGUAACGGUGGAGAGCAGGGAACCCCAAUGAAUGAAAGUCAGCCAGAAGUCCCCCCAGCUGAUGAAGAGGAAGGGUCAUAUGGUCGGCUUGUUCAAAGUCCACCAACCUCCAAGGGUCGCAAACGCAAGAAAGACCCACAAGACGCGCGGUCAGAGCCGGGAAAGCCACGGCGAAAGCUUGGUCCCAUGUGGAAGCGUCGAGGGGAGGGCGCUCCUAGGAACCGUGAAAGGACACGCUACUUCUGCAGUGAUCCAUCUCGAAGCCACGGCCACGUGGUCUUUGGCCCAAAGGUUCCCGGAACAAACCUGUUCACCCUGGAGGCUCUACGCUCCAUCUGUCGGACUGACCUGGACGUGCUGCGACGCCCCGCCAGCCUGCGGUCCAUUUGCGAGCGGGUCAGCCCGCGCCGCUGCUGCACUUCCUGGUCCAUCCCGCACUUCGUCGCACUGCUCCACAACCGGUCUUCGUGCCUGGACAUCACGGCGACCGAUGUCCAGGAGGUUCUCAAAAGGCUGGAGGCCUGUGCGCCCCACUACCACAGCAUGAAGUUGAGCCACGACUGUGCCUCGGGGGCCCCGCUGUGCCGCGGAGUACCCGCCGAGUGCAUCGAGUACAACGCAGUGUACACCAUCCUCCACUAUUUGGCCGACGUCGACUUCCUCGCCCCGGUCGCGGGCCGGGGGGACGACGACGGCGACGAGUUGAUCGGUCACUGGGACGGCGGCAGCCAACGGAACGACUCGGCGUCUGGUCCGGGCAAGCUCGUCCACAAGCCACACCUGUCCUACACGAGUGUGUUCCUUCCUAUAGCCCAGAGUACCGCGGCUAUGCCCUACUUCAAGGACCUCGAGGAGUACGGCCAACUAGAGGAUGACGUAACUCAGGUUGUGGGCAUGGAACUGGGGCUGAAGCACGCCCUCUUCGACGAGUACCUGCUUCACGACACGGUGUACGUGGCCCUGGCAGGCGUGACGGUGCUGGCAGCCAUGUGGGCCUACACGCAGUCGUUCCUGGUGACGGCCGUCACGUGCCUGGCCGUCAUCUUCUCUCUGGGCACGGCCUACUUCCUCUACACCACAGUCUUCCGCAUCUCCUUCUUCCCCUUCAUGAACAUCCUCACCCUCACGAUCGCCAUAGGUAUUGGAGCAGAUGACGCCUUCAUAUACUGCAAGACGUGGGGGGCAGCCAAGGCGGAGAAAAACAGCGGCACGUUGGUCAAGCUGGUCCGGGACACGCUGCACCACGCCUGUCUCUCCAUGCUGGUCACCAGCGUCACUACAGCUGCUGCCUUUUUUGCCAGCUGUGUCAGCAGUAUCACAGCUGUUCGCUGCUUCGGCCUGUUUGCCGGCACGGCUGUGCUGGCGAGCUUCUUCUUCACGGUGACAUGGCUGCCUGCAGCGCUCAUCGUGGCUGAGAAGUGGUGCUCCUCAACAUGCUGCCUCUGUGUGCCGCCAUUCGGGGUGUACCUGCCACGGCUCAAGCGCUUCUGGUGUUGCUCCCCCGUCUGUGCCGCACUGUGGCGUCUCCAUCACAGCUUUGCUGAAGCGGCACGUGUCUUCUACGACAAACUCCUGCCGUGCAUCGUGAUUCGGCUGCGGUGGUUCUGGCUUUUAUCGCUGACCCUGGUGGCCGCUGGUGGGGCGGUGGCCAUCUUUGUCCACCCGCGCCUGCGUCUGCCCGAGUCGCCCGAGUUUCAAGUUCUGAGUGCCAGCCACCUGUUCGAGCGCUAUGACCUUGACCUGAAGGAGCGCUUCUGGUUCGAGAAGGCACGGAGCAGGGACCCGUUCCACCGACUGCCUAUACGCAUCAUCUGGGGUGUGCUUCCUGUGGACACUGGCGAUUACCUUGACCCUUCCAACAAAGGGGCAGUGGUGUUUGACCCUGAAUUCGACGUUGCGGACCCAGCCUCGCAAGAGUGGUUGCUAUCCUUCUGCAAGCGGCUGCGUGCGCAAAGCUUCCACCGUUCGGCACUCGGCGUCCUCUUCUCGGGCUGUUUUAUCGAGACAUUCAAGUCUUGGAUGGAGAGGCGGUGUGUCGACAGUUUCAAGCAGGCCGACCGCUUUCCCUGCUGCGAGUCUUCCCACUUCCCAUACCCGAGGGACGUCUUCAGCCUCUGCCUGCGGAGAGCCAUCGCAAGCUUGCACCAGUCUCCCGGCUACUAUUUUGUCCCCGGCAUGGCGGGACCGCGCUUCCUACGCAACGGCACAGUACGGGCAAUCGUGCUCGAGUACGACAGCGUCUACUCUUACUCCCACUCGCACCACGACAUGGACAACUUCUGGCACCGCGUUGAAAGCUGGAUUGAGCAGGAAAUGAAGUCUGCGCCACCGGGUCUUCGCAACGGGUGGUUCACCAGUGACCUCGAGUUCUACGACCUCCAGAGCAGCCUGGCAGAAGGCACGCUGGUCGCCAUGGGCGUCGCGGUGGGUGUGUCGUUUGUGGCCCUGCUGGUGACCACGCUGAACCUUCUCGUGAGCCUGUACGCCAUCGUCACGAUUGCGUGUGUCAUCUGCACGACGGUGGGAGCUCUGGUGCUCAUGGGUUGGCGGCUCAAUGUGCUGGAGAGUAUCACGGUGUCGGUGGCUAUUGGCCUGGCCGUUGACUACACGAUACACUACGGUGUGGCCUACCGCCUGUCAGCUCAGCAGGAUCGCGAGACCUCGGUGAUUCAGUCGCUGUCCCGCGUCGGCAGCCCCGUCACCAUGGCAGCCCUGACGAGCUUCCUGGCCGGCGCACUCAUGUUCCCCUCAUUCGUGCUCGCCUACCUGCAAGUGGGCACAUUCCUCAUGCUCAUCACAGUCGUCUCGUGGGUGUACGCCACGUUCUUCUUCCACUCGCUGCUUAGCGUCGCCGGACCACAGCGCGGUCAGCUGCAGCUCGACUACCCGAGCCUACACUGCUGCGAGAGUGCGUCACCAGCACCUGUUGACAAGACCGUGUACGCCCUCUCCGAGUCCACCCUGUCCACUUCGAGCGCCAGCUGCCCCGCCGCCAUCAUACACAGCGAGAGCCAUGAGCUCGAGCCGCUGACCCUCGCUGCCGCGCUCAACGGCGGCAGCGCGGUGAACCGCAUUGGCAACGGCAACAAAAAGAAGCAGAAGAAGGCAAGGCAGCGCUCGGGGAGCCUGUCCGCGGCAGCCGCAAGAACUCACGGCGCCCGCCGGAAAGUGAGCCUUCCAGUCGUGAGUGUGACAUAUCACGGCGACCCGAGUCCGCGCCACGUGUCGGGGGCCACCAGUUCAUCGACCAUCGUGUGCGGGGCCGACGAGGACAUUCACGAUGACCCCAUUGUGUGAGCCAGUGCUGAUGACACACUAUGCUUGCUGAGCAAACCACAGGGAAUGUUCCUGCAUUUCUAAAGGGAUCCUUCCAGUCGUUGAGGCGGGCAUCGGCAAGAUUAAGUGCCAAAACAAAGACCGCGAAGAGAGAUUUGUUGAAAGGCUCGUGCUACCUUAAUGCCAGGGGCUUGUUUUUCAGUACACUGUUUACUCAAGUGUGACAGCCAGCUAUAGUUUGAGAGCUGCAGUGUUACGUCAUGUAUUGGACGAUCGCAAAUGUGACAUUGUUUGCUUACGUGGUACAACGUGGAAGAGGCCGAGAUCUUUGACACCAUUGUGUGAAUGAACCAAACGGUGGCUAUCUUGUGCAAGGUGGAAAAGGCAGGAACCCCAAGAGUUGAUUUUCUUGAUGGCUAAUUCUAGCUUCAGAGUGAAGUGACACAGCCAAGAAGGGUCAUGCUCGCCACAAGGAGGCAGUGAAAACCGUGUUGAACGCCGUAAGCGCAAGGGUCAGCAGUUAAAGCUAAUAGCAUGGCACAUGGCAAACACAAGGGCAAAGCAGACUGCAACAACACAAGCGCUGUGUUGCGUCACUCAGCUUGGUGCUCGUGAUGAUGAUGAUGAUGAUGAUGAUGAUGAAUUUGGUGUUUUGUGGCACAAGAGCGAAGUAUGGUCAAAGAGCACCAGGCCACAUUUGGUGAGUUUAAAAUGUAGUAAUGAAUUACUGCAAUUGGCUGUGACAUGGCUGUAGAGGGGCCUAAAAAACAGUCAUUGUAAGGUCCGUGAAAUGUGUAUGUAAUAAUAUUAUGGAAAUGACCAAUGAGGUGUGCUAUAAACAAACGCAAAAGUCGCAAUAUUGCGAAGGGAUAUGAGAACACUCGUAUUUGCUUGUAUCACCGUGCUGUUGGCUUUAGCCUGCACUAACUUGCCAAGUUUUCUCUUCUUAGGUCAGUGGCCAAAAGAGCUCUUUGUUGCAGGACGUUGGGUGUGCAUUUGGGUUUGCGCAUAUGUACUUGCCCACUUAUUACAAACAAGAACACCUUAGAGGGCAGCGGACAGUGGAAACUCCUCAGGACCGAGCCCCAGGUCUCCGUUUUACUUUCGUCUUUGGGUUAACCAGCUGCAACAGAGGUGCUCAAAGUGUGACCACUUGACAUGUACAUAUUGACGGUUGACCACUUGACAUGUACAUAUUGCUCUUUGUUAUAAAGUCAGCAUGCAGCAGAUUGCAAAGAAACUUAGUAGUGACUGCCUUACUAAUGAUCAAAUAUUGUGGCUAUGCUUUUAAUUACAGUUUAAUGUGAUGGUGUAAAUAUGGAGGGAGCUAAUGAUUACCCAUAAUGUUAUAUGUGAAGUAGUGGCAACUGUCUGUGGUUUUCAUUUUGAGUGGAUGGGAGCGUUGCGGUCAAAUAUUGCAAAUGAGAAAAAUGUGUGUUUACUUUCAGCCAGUCACAAUGCAAAUGAACAAAAGGAAAAGAACAUGAGCAGCAAGCAUAUUCUGCACUUUUUUUUUUACUAAACUAAUGUGUUCGACACCAAAGCCACUCAUUAUAGCUGAAAGUUAGCUUAUUGUUGUCAGUAGCAUUUCAUUGACAUGAAGCUUCACUUGCACAUCAUGCACACAUCGCUAAAUGAGACAUGAAUGUUAAUGACACAUAACAUUGCAUGCACAAGGUUGUGUCAGGCACCUGCAAGCUAGAGAUGUCAGAUACAGUUUGUGAUUAUCAAGCUGUCGAAAGAAUCUUGCUUUGUUGAGUAGCAUUUGUUUGCAAUGUCUUUGUGAACAUUGCAAGUAAGAUCAACACUUUGUGAUCAAAGUACUGGCACAUGCUUUUGUAACUGGACCUAACUACCAUAUAGUCAAAAGAUGACCUUGCCUUGAAGCCCAACUAUGUGGCUACUUGGGAACUGCACGCUACACGCUUAUCUAUGCUGGUAGACUUUUGAAAAAAAUUUCAUGAAAUAAUGGUUCAGAUUUUUUCUAGAAACGUUAUACUGACGGACACAACGAAGCCUACAUUGGAGCAAUUUCUUGGAAGCUUUACAGCUUUGUAAAGCAUAAACACAUUUAAGCUCAUCUAAAAUAGUUUCCUCGACACGUUGUUUGACUAUAUAGUACUGGUAAUUUCAACAAUUUGAACUGAAACAUUGCUUAUCAGUGCUAAAGUAAAGUGACCUAUUUUAGGACCUACUGCAACAUUUACAAAUAUGUAAUGCUGCCAGUAUAUGAGACAACCGUUAGAAGAAUUUUUAUGAAUGUUAAAUGCCACUUGAAGACUAAGAGGUUAUUGAAGGAACUUGAACGUUAUGGUAACUAUUGAAAAGCAUGCAGUUUUCGGUGCAAUUUGUUUUGUGCCAUUCACCAGCAUUCAUGCCUUAUAAUUCCAGUGACAGAACUUAUGCUCAUUUGGCCUUUCACAUGAUGUGUGCAUGAUGUGUGGAUGCAUGGAAAUAGGUAUUAUGUAUUGUGUUGCCAUGGUUACUGAAGAUUCUGUUCACUUAAGUUGUAAUUUCGCAACGCGGUGUCGUGACUCUUUUGUGCCAUUAUUCGUCACGCCUGCCGUCACGUGGCUCAGUGUAAUGCGUGCAGUGGAGCUUUGUGUUUUGGCGCUGCUGCCAUGAAUGCCAGAUAUCUGAGACUUCAUGGCAAGACAUGUCACAUGUGUGCUUCCGAUGUCCACCAGUCUGCCGAGUUGUCACAUCACACGCUCGCGUCACCUGCUUGCGUGACAGGUGGCUGACAGACUGAGUUAACCAGCAUGCGUCUUCUCUUCUGUGUGUCUCUCCAAAGUGAGCAGCAGCACCUGAAAGUCACAACUUGUGUGGCAAAACUUGUGCAUACCUCCUCAAAGGUCGUCACAUAUGUGUCUGUCACACCUUGUAUAAUGCACCAAGUCUAGCACCACCGAGCAGUAGUUUGUUUCUGUACAUACAAUUCAGCAGAGAUCUAGAGUAGGCUAGUUUGGUACAUAAACACUGUAGAAGAGAUUUGUAUGGUACAGGUGUCAUUGGUAGCGUGUAGAAGCAAGAAAGAAAAACAAAACGUCAUGAGUGUCUGCAGCAGCUGAAGAUUCCUGUCAUGUUUUUCUCAUCUCUCCACGUUCUUAAUAUCAUCUGUUAGGCAGUUUUGAGGUUUCACUUAUUUUUUACAGUAAAAUAUGUAAGAUAUGCAUUUGUGUCAGACAAAGCCUUACAACACCUUUGUGUCAUCUGAUAUCUGGCUUUUGUUGACUUAAACCAUCUGCUCUGGAAAAGAACAUAUGGGUAAUGUUUUGUGCAGAUAUGUGAACCAGUUACCUCUAAUACCGGCUCCUGGUUUGUUAUGAGGUUCCAUUUAUUGAGAUCUACAAGGCUGUCUUUUUGAUAUGGCUAUACGUCAGCCAUCAUUUCCGCUGCUGACAGAACAUGUAACUUACUGUUGAAAUUAAAGCAGAUGGUUUUGCUAGAGUGAUAACUUCACAUAGUCCUGAACAAAAUUAUCAAAAUUGAGUCUCAGAUUCUUUGGGAGAGGCAUACAGUUCACGGCUAGGUUUGAACAAGCCAUAAGCUUGUAGUGCCUCUCCAAGCUGGCUAAAAUAUGUCUUGUGUUUCAAGAACUUGAUAUGGAGGACAUGCAUUGUUUUUCACUGUAUAGAGAAGCUCAAGAUUGUGCUUUGUGUGAGCGCUCAUUCUGUGAAGUGAAGUCAGUGGACUGUAUGAAUGCUAGGCAGUAAAGCUUGGCCGAUGUUUCAGGUGUCAUAAUGUUCCCAAGUAAUGGGAAACACUGUUAUUCAUGAUGUUCAUGUAAAUUUCACUGAGUUAAGUUUCUAGCACUUGUAGAACAUCAACGGUGCCAACCUUGUCAAAAAUACUUUUGUAAAUGACUUGUCGGAUGUACACAAAUGUAGGCCUUCACUAGCUUGAUGAGUAUAUUACAUUACAUUCAUUGUAAUUAACCUCGUCAAAAUGUUAGUAAUUGUCAGUCGAAAGAUUUAAAAAGAAUUAUUAAGGCAUGUCAAAUGGUGACAUGCAGAGUUGGUUUCCAGAGUGGUAGAUAUUUCUAUGUCUGUACAUACAUUUCAGGGGGCAUGCAAAGGUCAGCCAUGUGCAUGUUCAUAUUAACAAUCAUCAUCACCUGUACAAGGCGCACAUUAAACGUCAGUUCAUCCAGAAGACGUUCACUGAUGCCCGACUCUCAAUAAGUUGAAGCGCAACUCCUGCAAUUUUUUUUUACCAUGUUGAAGAAGUUGUUGCUUUACGUUUCUUUGUGCCCUUUGUCAUGUGUAAGAUAAUCCAGUCUGCAGAAUUUAAUUGUGCAAUUGUGCAAACAAUUGAAAACAAUUGUGCAAUUGUGCAAACCAAUUUAAGUGAUACUUGCACCACACGGGAACAAGUAAUGAGAUAAACAUGCACAUUGCCCUAAAAUUUUGCCUGGUUCCACAUGUACAUAGCGACGUUAAAACCUAAUGCCACUUGAGCAUACCAUGUUCUCAUGAAUCGUUCAGCCAUUGAAUGCAUGAUAUUGUCCCCAAGUUACCAGGCUGCACGUAAUAAACACGUCUGAAGUAAUCUGAAAUAAUGCUGCAUAAAGUAUGCCUGUUUUUUUAGCCGCAUUUAAUGAACUUCUGCCUGCUAAGUAACAUUUUCAAUGAUGCUAUGAUUGGCAAAGAAACUGCACUCACUGAAGCUGUCAUCAUCACAACAUUUAAGUGUCAAUAAAAAUGUGCACGUAGCAGCGACAUUGAUAUAGUACUAGCAUGAACAAAUCGAGGAAAUUAAAGAUUAAAUUUUGAUUCUUUCUGGCAGCAUUUGUUUCAUUACCAUCACUAGACCAUGGAAGCGUAAUAGAGAUUUAGUUCACACCUUACAUACAUAUAAAACAAAACAACUGCCGGAAUUGCUCUUUUAUACCGUGGGAUAGUUUGUGUAGAGAGCAUCUUUUGUGUGUGUGAAAUAAUGUGGUGCGAUUCAACAUGUACUGCCUCUGGCGAUAGAGUUAGUUCCACUCGGAAUGUAAUUUUAUUAUCGCUGCGGACUGCAUGUACGCUAUAUGGUGCUGUGCGCCGCGGUUGCUUGUAGCACCAUGAGAAAUGGUGCCAAUAUUUGCAGUUGUGUACGUUACUCAUUUCCUGCUGACAGCUGUCACGCGAGAGAUAUGUUGCAAGUCACAUUGUCUUGUCAUGUGCACACGCAUACUAUAUUGUGCUGUCAAAAGUUAGGUCUGUCAUUGACGUGAUUGUGAGCCAACCUGCUUAGCCGUACUGCAACUUUUAUUAGACACAAAUGGCAACAGUGACAUGUGCCAUGCUUGUAGUGCAAGAGUUUUAUUUUAGCAGGAACAGAAGUACGUUUUGGUGGUGUUGUGUGUUGAACUGCGCUUAGAAGCACGUGAAUUAUUUGUAGGACAUGGCUUAGAUGCCAUAGUUUCUUUUUUAUAAAUGUGACUGAAAGUGGUUAUUAUGCCAAGUUUCGUGAAAAUUACUUGUGCAUUACAUCAUGUUGCUCUCACUGUGGGCGUGCUAAUAGUAUGCCUAAGGUGCACUGAUGUGCCACUUUGUUAAUACACUUAACGCCAAUCGCACAGCAAGAAACCUUUUGGAGGAGAAACACGAAAUUUCCGCCAUGGCCAGAUAAUGGCAGAAGCUAUCUGGGCAGCCCGAAGGCUGUUGGACGCCUGUGCUGUCUGGUGGCUGAAAUUAUAGCGGUUACCAUGGUUACAGAGCACUAGUGCUGCCACCCUGCAUGCUGCAUCGCUAGGUGGCGCCACUUGAUGCCCUUACAGUUGCUGCGCACGCUCCGUAUGGUGGAGGCCAACUUACAUGACCUUGCGUGCUAAGCUGCGCUGCAAGCUUUCAGAGUCAGUGGACAUCAUUAAUUUAGGCUGCUAAUUGAUGAGGACAUGAUUGGGCUGAUAAUGAUGACUGUCCUCUUCAACUUUUUCUGCUUGUGACGCCAUCUGGUUGCUCGCCUGCGCUGGCGCACACGCAGUGACUGUAUCCUCUGCCCAAACGUUUCUUGCUGUGCGUUUCUUUUCCCACUGCAAGCGUUAUGUGCACCACAUGCACACACACAUGUAGAACCUGAAUCAAACUGUCUGCACUCAGUAUAUGCUCACUGUGUUAUGUGAUCAAUGCUCACCACCGUUCAUGCACAUAAUGUGCGCUUGAAGUUGUACAGCCAUGUUUCCUCUCAAAGAGAGUUCCCGUAAGACACGUAGCCGUAGAACAGAGGGCUUAGUGAGAGUUAGAUUGUAUCUACACAAGACGUUAUGGUGGUGAUACUGCGAGAGUACUUUUUCUCGUGCCAAUGAUAAGAGUGUUGUGACUGUUACGUUUUUUUUUUUGUUGUUGUUGUUUGUUUGUUCGUUUGUUUGUUACCAAAAACAAAGUGCUGUUGCCGUUAACCAUUGCUGCACUGCACACUGGUGUCGCUUCCUUUGACGUGUCAUGCACUCCAAGAUGGUCACCGAGAUGAAGACAUGCUAUAUAGUAUAACGCUUGUUUUUAGUGAUGCACACAAUUACUUGUUGUCUCUGAGUGGCUCUAUGACCUGUUUAUGUAUCGUGUGUGCUAGCUGUAGGAAAGUGAGGUACCGAAUGUGACCAUUCCAUCUUGCUUAACCUGGCAAAUUUGCAUUCAAAGGUGGUUUAAACUUUAAUCUCGACUUAUUAAGUAGUUUAAACUUUGAGGAGUAUGAUCUACUUCGUCUCUCAAUUACGCCUCUGAAGCUUUGUGGCGAGGGUAACGUGUUUAUUGUUACCAACUGUUGUCACGUCUCUCUCGUAAAAUUACGAUUGGUCGUACCUUUUCAUGGAACGCAGUUGACAAUUCCUUACCUGUCAAUAAGUGUGACAUUUUGAGUGAAGCACUUAUGGAGGACAAGCUGAACUCACUAGAAACACCUUUCACUAAGUAGCUUUAGACUUUACAGUUGUUGCAGAGAUGUCUGAAAUAUUGUGUGACACAAGAAAAUGGGUUUAACUUGAGACAUAGAAUCUAUUGGCACAUGCUUCUCAGCAAUGUUGUGGAGGUGGUCGGACCAUUAUGUCUGUAAAAAAUUGGGAAACCUAGACAAUAUUCCAGUGGCAGUAUGUUUCCUGUUUGCUUAAGCUGUAAAGAAUUUCAUGCCAAACAAUGAGCAGAUGUGAUGGCCAUGACUCCAAAGUUAUCAGUUGCUAUGAACGAGAUGUCAAGCAUAAAUGACUGCAAUGACGGUCACGUGCAAAAUGUUUUAGAGCUCAGUUCUUACACACCCGUUCCUGCGUAUUGCAUUGGCGCCAUCCUUUGGCCCAACAGAGCGAAUAAGCACAGUGAAGGAUCAAAGAGCGAACGAAGAGUGCAGCAGGGGAUAAAAGACAGUGAUGGCAAAUUGAGUGUGAGGAGGAAAGCAGAGGAGGAGGGUAUCGCAAACGUGUGAGAAGCGCAACGCCGUGCAAGACGGCCUCUGCCGUGAUGACCCUUACGACGUGGCAUCAGAGUAGCGCUGUAGUCUGUUCACCGAUGGCGUGCGGCCAGCGCAUCUGCUGAUACCAUAUAUGGAAACAAAGCGUUGCAUGAGCGGAGGUCUGUCUGCGGCGACUGCUGUGAGUCGCACCGACGCGUCACCCAAAUGCUGCCUCUCGCGAUCACCCGAUUAGCGAGGCAGUCGCGCCACACAUCGCUCCGUUUGCAACGUGCCGCACGAGACAGAUUGUUCGCGCCAGCCAAUAUAUCGCGAAAUGAAAACACGUAUGAAGCUGUGCUCAAAUUUCGCAUUAGGUAGUAUCGUAAUCUUCGGUGGAAUUUUUUGGCCGAAUUACUGUCCUGUUUCAAAUGGGAAAUGCUCAAGACUUCUUUGCUGUAGGGAACACAAUACCAUGGGAAUUUCAUGUUCUCAAGUUCUGCAGGAGGCAAAGCUGGAGCGUGCCCCUCUUGUCGGGUGUUUGAUUGGCACAACCAGUAUUUUGGAAACCUUGCCUGCCGGUUGUUGCUUCAACCUUUUGGCCAACAUGUAUUUGCCAUUAUGUAGUGCCCAUGAGCUGACAAUUAGAGUACAUUCACCAUGCAGAGUAAAGGAAAAAAGAAAGUCACCUGUACAUAUUUGACCUCUAAAAUGUCAGUUUGUCACAAAAGUGCAACGAUUACAUUUUAUUUUGCAGUGUCCAGUAGCAAUGCGUGUUACCCAUACAUCCUCUUAUUAGCUCUGCUUUCUUUCUCUAGUACUAUGAACAAGUAAUAUCAGCUUAUCGAAGUUUACUGCAGAACAAAGCCUCUCUCAGAGAUCUACAGAGAUGCCCCUGUCCUGUGCAUAGCUGCCAAACCCAUCCUGUGCCUGCAAGUUUUCUAACCUCACCACUGGAUAAUCUCACCACCCCUCUUCCUUGGACGCUGGUAGGCCUGAUAAUUCCACAAAUAGCCCCACUGUUGUAAAUUCCGCAGUUAAACAUAGGAAUUAUUACAAACGCAUUGUGUUUCAAGGUAGUGCAAAGCUUAUAUCUCAACUUGGUUGUUACUUAGUAACUCCUGACAGUUACUUACCCUGUGCUAGCUCUGACAUUUCUGCACUCUCCCCUUUGCCAGUUUUUUGACAGGACAAUGAUGCCAGCCGCAGGCAACGCAUAAUUUUGUCUGUGACAUUUGGCAUUGUAAUGAUGGUUGCAUACAUUAUUUUGAACCUUGCCUAUUGUCUGGCAAAAGCAUGUUAAGUUCUGGCUGAUGCACAAGUGAAAUUAGAAAAAAGAAAACAAAUAGAAAGCCCAGGAUUUGUUUAAAUAUUUAUCUUGACCAAGACUUGUAUUUUCGAAAAUUCUCCGUUGAUUUUUGUAACUUCAAUUGAGGAAUGGAGGGGCAAUUCAGAAAAAUAAGAAGCGACAGAAGGGAAUCGGACAGGAAGUACCAGAGAACUACCAUUGAUUUGCUCAUUGUUUGUCCGACAGUAGAGAGCUUUAGUGAGGUGUACUAGGCAUCGGUGAAUUUCCGAAAUACUGGAAGACCUAUCCAGGAAUGGCAGCACUGGCAGUGGCGCCAUCCUGUAGCACCCAAAUCAACUACAAACUGCACAAGCUAUUCUUGAGGUGCAUCACUGUCCCAUUCAAAGGAGAUGACAUGCAAAAUUUUGUUCUUGGCAAUUAGUUCACUGUUGGCACAUUUUCACUAGUGGAGGUGUGGAAUAGAUUUGAUCAAUGCAGUGAAGUUUCUGCAUACUUCCAUUAAAGGCACACUAAUAAGGAAUGUUAAGUGAUGUAGUGCCAGAUUCGAAAAGGACAAACAUGACAUUCACUUCUUCCACUAGUGAUGGACCCUCAUCCACCAGGUGAACGAAAAUUUCUAAAAAAUUACUUUACUAAUCCAAAGUGACAAAGUGUCACUCUUCAGUGCGUCCCUUUAAGUGCAGCGUCGCAAGAUGACGGUACCAACACUGCUGCUCAUGUCCGUGCUUACCAUUGUUCUGGUAUAUGUACAUACCAGAAGGUCUCCGCUGUGCCAAGACUAUGAAAUGGCUUGCAUGUACAGUCGCGGACAGAAUAAAAUGGACCACGGGAUCUCCGAAAACGUUCAAUUCCCGAGCAGCCUCUAGCAGUAACCAGUAAAACUGCCCACGACAACGUUGUUAGCAUAUUCUAGUCGAGGUCCAAAAUGCAAAUACCAGAUUGCGUUGUGAGGUUGCGGAGAUAUUCAGCUUUUUCUUAGAUUUCAUGGUCCAUAAUAUUCUGUCCGUGACUGUACAUCUUAGUACUAUCGAGCUCAGUACGAGCUACAAUGCACAAGUGCUUUGCCGCAUGCUUUCACCUUGUUGCUCAUGCUGAUCGCGAUAGAUGGCAGUUUUGUGUCAAAAUUUAUCAUUUGUGCUCCUCACAUACAAGCUCUCUCCAUCAUUGGCUGUUCCACCCAGCUCCCUGGUAGGGGGCCAUGUUCUGAUGAUAUGGACAGGCUGUCCAUUCCACACGUGGCUCUUGAGAUGCGAGUGAAGCAAUUUAUUUUGGUGCUACCUGGGGAAAGAAAAAAAAAAAGGAAACUGCUACUUGUCACCAAAGAUUAUUUUUGCCAACUCUCAGAGGGGCAAGUGGAGAGAAAAAAAAUUUGCCUUGGAAAAAAAAAAAGAAGAACUGCAGAUAUAUAUUGUACAUACCACUGCCUGCUCAGAGAGUUUGUGUCUUUUGAAGAAAACAAAUAAAGACAA